AUGAAGCAAACCAAAGAGCAACUAGCCAAUUCAGAAAUGUCGGAACACAUUUUGAAAAUUGCAAAACGUGAAUUGCGCGAAGACAAAUGUACACGCGAGCAAAGUCUGGAACAACUGCGUAAUUGGAUACUGAAGCAUGAAGAUUUGCGUGAUGUCCGCCUCGACGAACAGUUCCUACUGCGUUUCCUGCGUUGUAAAAAGUAUAGUGUGCCCAUGGCUCAGCAGACACUACUUAAGUACUUGAAUGUGCGACGCACUUUUCCCCACAUGAGCACACAGUUGGACUUUCUGGAGCCAAAGUUGAACGACAUAAUAAACAGCGGCUACAUUUUUGUCUCACCCAAACGUGACAAGAACGGACGUCGUGUGGUGAUAAUUAACGCCAAAGGCUUCAAUCCAAAGAUAUACAGCAGCAGUGAUCAGGCGCGUGCACAUUUUCUCACCUACGAGUGCCUAAUGGAGGACCAAGCCACACAGAUCUGUGGACUUAUACAUGUCGGCGACUUUGCCGGUGUCACCACAUCGCAUGUGACGAAUUGGAAUCCGACAGAAUUUGCACGCGUUUUCAAGUGGAGCGAACAAUCGCUACCGUUGCGUCACAAGGAGAUACAUUUGGUGAAUGUGCCGGCGACACUGAAAUGGCUGAUCGAUUUCGUGAAGGGGCAUGUCAGCUCGAAAAUACGCAAUCGCCUCGCACUUUACACACACGACAAAGAACUGGCGAAGCAUGUCGAUCCGGCUUGCCUGCCACAGGAACUGGGCGGUCAAAUGCCCUUGAAGGCGAUGGUCGAAUUGUGGAAGGACGAAUUGGUCGCUAAGCGCGAGGAGAUACUCAACCUAGACAAGAUAGCGCUCUUGAGUGAUCGUGGCAUAUUGCGGAAAAGUAGUUUCAACGCGGACAAAACCAACAAUGGAAUGAAAUUUGUGACGCAGAUCGAGUCGAUUGAGGGUAGCUUUCGUAAACUGGAUUUCGAUUAGGAUUAGGAUUAA